ACCGUGACCUUUACUCGGCUAUAUGAUUGGUAAUACAAUUUUUAACCAAAAUUCUAUUGGACGGGUCAUAGUUGUUUUUAAACGACGUCGACUUUGUGGUAUCUCGAUAUCAGGACUAUCAGGAGCUUCACAAACUCGUAGUUCGCGUUUGUGUUUGUAUAAAGUAGUUGUAAAUCAGUUACCUCAGUUGUUAAGUUGUUCUCACAGCGAAUAUUUUACAUCAAAAUUUCCUGUUAAUCGCACUGUAAAAAUGGCAUGUACAAAACCAAAAAGAGUUUGUAUUGUUGGUAGUGGCAACUGGGGCUCUGCAAUUGCAAAAAUUGUUGGGAAAAAUGCUGCACAACUUAAUAAUUUUGAAGAUAGGGUUACUAUGUAUGUUUAUGAAGAAAUAAUAAAUGGGAAAAAGUUGACUGAAAUUAUAAAUGAAACACAUGAAAACGUGAAAUAUUUACCAGGCUAUAAAUUACCCCCUAAUGUUGUAGCAGUACCUGACGUUGUAGACGCAGCAAAAGAUGCGGAUAUCUUAAUAUUUGUUGUGCCUCAUCAAUUUAUAAGAACCUUAUGCUCAACACUUUUAGGAAAAAUAAAACCAACAGCAGUCGCUUUGUCAUUGAUCAAGGGGUUUGAUCGUGCUGAGGGAGGAGGUAUUGACCUUAUUUCGCAUAUUAUUACUCGGCAUUUGAAAAUACCCUGUGCUGUUUUGAUGGGUGCUAACUUGGCUGGAGAAGUGGCUGACGAAAAGUUUUGCGAAACUACCAUAGGGUGCAAAGACAGCAAACUUGGGCCUCUUCUUAGGGACAUCAUUCAAACUAAUUAUUUUAGAGUAGUUGUUGUAGAUGAUGAAGAUACAGUGGAAGUUUGUGGAGCUCUUAAAAAUAUAGUAGCUUGCGGUGCUGGUUUUGUGGAUGGCUUAGGUCUGGGAGAUAAUACAAAAGCAGCAGUUAUUCGAUUGGGUCUUAUGGAAAUGGUGAAAUUUGUUGAUGUAUUUUAUCCUGGAGGUAAACUGUCUACAUUUUUUGAAAGUUGUGGUGUUGCUGAUCUUAUUACAACAUGCUACGGUGGUCGUAACCGUAAAGUUAGUGAGGCUUUUGUCAAAACGGGCAAAUCAAUAAAAGAACUGGAAGAUGAAAUGUUAAAUGGUCAAAAAUUGCAAGGUCCGUUUACAGCCGAAGAAGUAAAUUAUAUGUUAAAAAACAAAGGCAUGGAGGAAAGAUUUCCACUGUUUACGGCCAUCCAUAAAAUUUGUACUGGACAGUUAACACCAUCAGAUUUUAUAGAUUGUAUCAGGAACCACCCUGAGCAUAUGAUUAAAUGUGCAAGCAGUUAAAAUUAAUUUGUACAUAUCUUGUGUUAGCAAGUAUAAGUAGUUGUUAAACUGAUAAUUACACAUAUGAUUUUAGUAUUACCAUGGCAUUUAUGAACCGUGGUACUAUCUAGUUAUGUUAAAAUAAUAUGAAGAUGAUAUAUAAUUUAAUAAAUUGAAACAUCUUAUAAUA